CUUAAACCUCAUACGAUCACCUGAACCAGCUGCGAGGCGCGUUCAUAGAAGUGCGCUCACAACCUGCUCUCGAUUCUAGACGAGCUCAGCGCACCUGCAGACUAGUCGCUUACCUGCUGCGCGCUCAUAGCGGCCGCAGCGCUGCGGCGCCGCCAUGCCAGGCGCAGACGCGGACCUGGGCUCCGACCUGGAAAAUGCCUCUGUAGAGGUUGAUAGCGCCCCGCUUGGCAGCUCGGCGAGACCGCAAUGGAAUGCCAGCGAGUUUCAGUGCUCCAUUUGCUACGAGCUGCUCCUGGACCCGGUUGUCGGGUCUUGCGGACAUGACUUUUGUCAGGGUUGCAUCGAGGAAUGGAAGGUAUCGCGACAGUUAGUGGGGCAAGCAGUGCAGUGCCCAAUUUGCCGCGCGGUGCUACUACCAUCCGCGGAACAAUCCUUCGGCGUGUGCCACCGGUUGCGGGAGACCGUCGAAAAGUUGUUUCCAGAGCAGGUGGCCGCACGUCGACGCCAGGUGGCACGGGCGUCCUCCUCUCGCCGCUGGGCCGGCGACUGCGCCGGCGCGCCCUUCCCGCUGGUCUCCCGUAGCGCUAGCGCCAGCGCCUCCGCCACCUCAGACACCGACACCAGCAGCACCGCCACCGCUGCCACCAGCGGCGGCUCUCCCGCCCCCGGCUUCUCACGCGGCAGUCCCUCCAGCGACGCGCCAGGCCCGCCAGGCGGCACCGCCGGCAGCGGCGGCAGCGCCCGCGGGGGCGGCGUCGCCUCCGGCGGCCUGUACCGCGCCGGCGCGCUCAGCAGCGGCGCCGGCGGCGGCGUCCGCGACGCGGCGGCGCUGUUGGACGUGGAUCUCCUGAACCGCGCGGCGGAGCAGUACCGCGAGCUCUCCAUGCUCGUCAGCGCCAUCACCUCAGUGCCGGCGCCGCCGGCGGCGGUUGUGCAGGCGUUCACGCAGGCGGCGGCGCACAUGGCGGCCACGCGCGCGGGCGCUAUGGGCAGCGGGCCCGCGGGGGGGCUGAUGGCGCCGGGCGCCGGGGGCGCCUCGCUGCCGCAGGCGCAGGCGGCGGAGCUUGCGAAGCUGUUCCUGUCCUCUGGCGCGGCGCUGACGUCAACAGUGAGCGCAGCCAGCAGCGGCGGCGCGGCGGAGGCUGUGGCGUCGGUGGCGGGCAUGUCGCUGCCGGACGCGGCAUCGUCGGCGGCGGUGGCGGCGCAGCUGGCGUACGGCCGCGGCGGCGGUGCCGUGUUUCGUAGGCAGGGCUCCGGUAGCAUCGCCAGCGCGCCGGCGGGCAGCGGCGGUGGCUUCCUAGAGGCGGCGCUGACGCUGCUGACGUCAGCCGCCGCCACCAGCACCGCCGCCGGCGAGCUGCGCACGCUGCUGACGGCGCUGAACCAACAGCAGGCUGCGGUGGCGGAGGAGGAGGCUGCAGCGGCGGCGAACAACAACAGCAGCAGCAGUAGCGGCAACGUGCAGCAGCACCACCACCACAACCACCACGGCCACGGCCAUCACAACCACGCCAGCAGCAGCUUGCGCAGCGGCGGCCUCCGCAGCGGCGGCGGCGCGUACGGCGCCGGCGUCGGUGACCUGCGCUCCGCGGGCCGCGACUCCCUCAUGACCGACACCGACAUGGAGGCUGUGAGUGAGGCGGCCAGCGACGCGCUGCGGACCACCGCCAACACGGUGCAGCAGCUCACGGCGGAGGCGGCGGCGCUCAGCAGCGUGCUACGGGCGGCGCACCAGCAGCAGCUGCAGGCGCACGUGGCGGCGGCGCAACAGGCGCAGGCGUACGCGCAGGCGCAAGCGCAGGCGCAGCUGAUGCAGGCGCAGCAGGCGGCCGCGGGCGGCUGGGGCGGCGCGAUGGCGGGCGGCUCGCCUGGCGGUACGGCGACGGCGGCGGCCUCCAGCGCCGCGGCGGCGUUCGGCCUGUACCCCGCAGCGGCGGCGGCGCAGCAGCAGGUGGCCAUGCGCUUCGCGUAUCAGCAGGCGCAGGCGCAGACGCAGCAGCAGCACUACCAGCAGCAGCUGGCGGCCGCUUAUGCGUUGUCGCCGGCGGGCGCGGCAGGGCUGGCGCCUGCGGCGGUGCCGCCGCCGCCUCCACACGCUGGCGGCCUUGCAUCCUGGCCCGCGGCGAGCUACGGCGCUGCAGGGCUGCAGCUGCUGCCCCACCCGUCGCUGCAGCAGCAGCACCCGCCGCACCAGCACGGCCGCAUGCAGUAACGUGUGUCUCUGUGCACUCAUGCUGCCCACGUGCCGGUUGGCGGUCGAGACCCGGGGUCUGGAGCCGCUUGUGUUUAUAUCACGAUGUAUUCGGAGCUCUGGGAUUUUUGAAAGUGCUUCUUAUCGCAAUCUCUUGCGUUUGAGUAAGUAGCAUUUCAGGCCGGAGAGUGAGUGUGGCACUGAGAAACACAUACAACACUGGAGCCGGUGCUUGCCAAGGUGUCGUCAACUGGGCGCCCUUCGCUGCACUGUGUAGUAGUGCGCAUGUCACUUGGCCAAGCGUGAGAUGGGUACGUGGCUGAUUGCCAUGGGCAUCGGUCUUUCUUAAACUGCUAUUAACCAAAUAAAACGGCGCGCGCGCGGCACAGCUGUUCCCACGUACAGAGGUACGGGACGCUGCCGGCUUAGCUCCAGGAGUCUGCUAGCUCAGCGCGCCUGAUUGCCUCGGCUUUUUUAACAUCUAUCAUGGCUAUUUCAUACGCGCACAGCGCUGCGCAUGAUUGCACGAGGAGUUCGCUGGGGAAAGGAGUUCACUGAGUGAUGUGCUGAUGCGGCAAUACUUUUCCUGUCUAUUUUAUGGACGCGGUGCUGCUUGUCUCGGAAGGGCGUGGACGCGCGGCAUCCUCAGCCCCCCGGGCUUGUCCGUGGCGGAUGCGGCGCCACUGCGCCGCCCAGAGCACACGCUUAGCCACAGGAGAGAGGGCUGGAGCGAGAGGGGGCUGCAUGCGCAUGUGCAGAGGAAAGCUGGGCGGGGCAAGAAUAAGGGCAAGGCAACAGAGGCGUGGUGUGGCACGAGAGGGGCGGUGUCACGUCAACUGUGGUUUGACUGUGGCAGGAGUGGCGAGGAGGGGGCUACAAAAGGCGACUGCAAGCGGCCAGGGCCCAAGCAAGAGCAAGCGCGGGCGCGGAGAUGCAGGCCCCUGAGGGGUGUGUGUGUCUGCGUGUUGCGUGAAUGAGGCGAGAGGAGAUGCGGUGCCUGGUUACACGCCGGCACGGCUGCAGAGCGCUGAGGUGGCUGGGCUUGCUGCUGUUGAACUGAAGGUAGGGUGGAAAAGGAUUGUGGAGAACGACUUGGCUGCUUGGCACGUGGUUGCACGCCUGCGCGGCAACUCGGCGGGGGCUAUCGCAUUUCGAGGGCAUGCAUGGGCGCAAUUAUGACUGGAUUGCAGAUGGAAGUGUGCGAGUGGAACGCAAGGAUAUCAUGCGAUGAGAUGGCCGGCCCUACAAAGCUGGUUACUAGGCAGGCGGAGAAUUAUUAUGCACAUUGCGUCAUAUCCUUAGGUCAAGGCAUGCGGCUUGGGUGCAUGACCAACAAGGCAUGACCGGUAAAUGACUCGCAUGCUCGCCCCCAGCACACUGCCGCGCCGGAGCGCCCAGGGAGCAUACGAAGGCGCUUUGUCUGCGCGGCAUAUGGCCGGCACGGGUGUGCAGCGUGUGUUGAGAGGAGGGGCUGGAGGGCAAAGGGUGUGCAGAAAGCUGGGAGCGUUUGCAGAGGAUCUGCAAACUUUGAUUAUGUAUGGCGCUAGGCAGAUGCCGGCGGUGGUUAAACGAGUGGUCGAUGGCAGGGGGCCUGUGCAUGACCCGUUUGAUGUCUAUGCGAUCGUGCGCGACACGUGCUGGCGUGUGCUCGUGCAACAGCAUGCGGGCGCGGAGCGGAAGAAGGGCGACGUCGCGACGACAAUGUGGCGACUGCAAAGCAGCGUGGGUACGGGAGGACAUUGCGAACAUUGCGGUGGGUGGAGCGGGCAUCAGCAGGCGCGUUUGCAUCUGCACGGCGCGCACACGCUCCUCAUCCCGCCUGGGCCGAAGCACUGAUUACCACGCACCCCGGUCACGCUGCCGGGAGAAAGCGUGAGAGAGAGGAUGUGCCAAAUAUGUGUAUCUGCCUUUUUGUCCCGCUUGAGGUGUCCGCGUGUGCUUGUGCCCAUUUCAUGUCGUAAACACACCAUUUAAUUUUGCGUGAUUUUAUCAUCUGAGGGUUCACGUAAGCAAGAGUGCUGUAGUUGUAGCUAGCAGGCCUGCGUCGGUGGUGUGUCAAGAGACAGCCGCUGCUUGUGCAAGCAAGCGGCGGGCCGGUUCCGAAGCAGCCGGCAGCCAUGCGCAUGCGCGCAUGCGCCGAGAGAGACGGGUGUAGUGGAAUGGAUAAGCUGGGCUGCUACACCGCGGCUUGAGUUGAGGCGAUGGCGAGGCCUUGCAGCGCAGCCGGGCCGCACUUUUAUGGGAGUCGGACACAGCGCACAGCUCCCGUACUGAGGGAGCUGGAUCCAAAAGCUUCAGGGUCCUAGCGUACUAAUUGUUUAGGCCUUGCUCCACAGACUCUAGAGAUGUCUGUGAAAUUUAAUAUCAUGCUGUACUGGUACAAGGCAUAGGCAUAGCGGGGAAUGCCAUGGGCAAACUAUAUGCUGGCCGUUUAAUUGGGACGCGGGCGGCUGGCUGGGGAGCGGCGCGGGCUGCAAAGUGUCUGUUUGUGAGCCGGCCGCUCCUGGUAUUGCUUGCUGUGCGCCCCUGAAUGAGAACGCCUGUACGUGGGUGUCGAGUGCAAACGCGAGGGAGUCCAGUAUAAACAAAUGGCGAGGGGUUUUAGUAUGACGCGCUGCAUGCUGACGAUGUUGGCCAUGCCGGAACACAUUUAAUUUCUUAGGUUUUGUGCCCGGGGAUGAGGAUCGGGGGACGGUACCCUGGCGGUAGCGGACUGUGCGCCUGUGUGGUGUACACAGCGCGGGAGGCGGUGGCGCGUGUGUGGGCUGGUAUUGGAGCAAUGACUGCAACACCGCGUGAGUUCGUGCCAUUCACUGGACGCGCCCGGCCCAGGUUGGGUGUAAAGCUGCCAGGGACAAGACGGUGUGUAAGGAAACAGCAUG